GAGCGGUUGUCGGGGCUUCAGCAUGCUCCAGGGUAGCCUCGACUGUCAGAACGUUCUGUUGAAGCCUCUCAUUGCAAACCUUAAGGCAGCCGGCGCCAGUUCCUGAGUUAGCGUUCCCCAUGGGCCUGGCGGCGUCUUGCUGCGGCAAGAACCGCAAGGAGCAUGACGCCAGGUGACAGCCAACAGGCACCCCCUUGCCGCACGCGCUUACCCUGCCACAUUUUGCAAUGAUGCGGCCUUGCCUUCCGAUGGAGUUGCCUCUUCUGCAUGCACCGCCCGUCUUGUCUAUCUAAUGUGUGAGUGUGUGCAGGCCCACGUUUGAGGUUGGGAGUCCCGCGCCAUCUCCCCGUGGUGCAUGUGAUGACGGCACCUCGUCUGUCGAGUCGCCCUACUACGAUUUUGUUUUGGACGUCGUUUCUGAUCUCGACGAAGAUGAAGUCUGCAGCGUGAGUCUCAGAAAGAGGAAGCACAGCCAUGAGCUCUCUUUGCCCAUCCAUCAUUUGAGAUUGGUUGUCAGCGUCAGUGCUGUUUUGAGGAGUGCUGGAGCUCCCGGGAGAGAGACGGCAGCCGCACGCACCCCCGUGACCUGUUGGAGGCAUCCAAAGAGUGUCUCGAGGUGAGGUGUGUGACACAGACACGGAGGCAAUAAAUUAACCCGACAGCCGUUUGCCAUCUAAUCUACGUGUGUCCGUUGCAUUCAGCAGCAUGAGUCUCGCAUUGCCACUCCAGAGACACUCCUCCCCACUGCCCGAGACAGCGCCACCUCAGCCGCCCACCAGAUCGCAUCUUCGUCCGCCUGA